UAUGUAAACAACAAUUUACCUCAAUUGAUUUAUCAUUUUUAAGAAGCGUUUAAAUAGGAGGAAAAGAUCUGUAAUCUGGAAAAUUCUUGCAAUUUUUAAAAGUAAAAAUGCGUUGUAAUUACUUGUAAAAAAUGCGAUAUAUGGUUUUCCUAUUUGGUUUUAAACUAUGGAUGAUGUACCUAAUUAUGAUGAUGAUUUUUUUGAAGUUGAUUCAAUUGCUGGAAAUUUUGUGAGACUAAGCCAUUUAAAUAAUAAAAGUUCUGUUUUGUCACCAGAAAGUCGAAACAUUACCAGCCAAUAUUUAGCCUUACAGCAACUCGAUGCUCAUCAGCGAAUGAUAUCAAGAGCUAAAAGCACAGUUGAUACUUCUGCACCGAAAUCAUUACAAAGCUAUAUUAGUGUUGUUAAUCAACAGAAAAAGAAAAGUUGGAGGAGGUCAAAUAAUGAAUCUAGAUCUUCAAAUAUGGAAAAUUUAGACUAUGAUUUCAGACCAGCAACUUCUUCUAGAAUGCAAAAUUCAAUUUCAGAGGAGGAUGAUAAUCUGAGUUUAAAUACAUCUGUCAAUAAAGGUAUUCAAACAGGUAUACCUUUUGGCAAUUUCAGUAGUAAAACUGCAGAUAAAAUUUCAUGGUAUUUGGAAGCUUUAAGGCAUGGGGAACUUCAUUCACCAUUUUUUAUGGGAACAGAGAGUUCAAAAAACUUUCACCAAUCACAAGCAUCAAACAGAAACCGAAAGAAAAUCAUUAAAGGAGAUAUUCUAGAUUGGCAUACAGAUUGUUUUGUCAAACCAUCAAAGCCUUUCUCUCCUAGAAUUAUUGCCAAUACAAAUGCUAAGUCAAAGUUAAAGGAUAUGCGAUGCUACAAUCCUCCUUUCAGGAAAAAGAAACACAGCAGUUCUCAUUCCUCAGAUACAUUUGAAAGUUAUGACCAGGAAGAUGAAUCAAAUGAAGAGGAAGAUGAAUCACAGCAAAGUAGUGGCUCUUCAUCUAUUGCAAAGGAAAUUCAAAUGAACAGAGGUAUUCAUAGUGAAAGCAUUCCUAACUAUGAACCCACAACUCCAUCUUUUCACCUGCAUCCUAGAGAUCAUUUUGAGUCAUUUGAUCAUUUUAGGAGUUUAAAAAGGACAUUUGACCAUGCCCAUUUUUAUGCAGAAAAUGAUAAUGAAGAAGAUAAGUAUCUCAAUUUUCUGAGUAAAGUCACAGAAGAUAUUCUGCGGAGUGGUGUGUAUUCUGACAAGGCCAUUAAACAGGCUUUUGAUUUUCAUAUGCAGUUUUAUCAAGAUGAAGCUAACAAGGACAAAUUACAAUCACUUUUGAGCCAAGUAUUAGAUGGACUCAAGAUUUCUGGUGAUGAAUCGGAGGAAAUUCCAAAUUGGCGAAAUCCGUUGAUUAAUUUCAGUAGACCUAACUCUCCACCUGAAAAAGAAAAUCGUGAUGCUUUGCUGGAUACAAGGACAGACACAGAACCUAAUUCAAGAACAUUUGAUGAUUCUAAUUUCCAUUCUAUGAAUCAAACUACUACUGAUGAUAUUCAAAGUGAUAGAAAUAUAUCUCAAGAUAAUCCAUCUAAUCAGUCAGAAAAUGAAUCUUGACAAACUGUGUCAUGAUAUUCAGUUUUUAUCAGUUAUUUCUAGUCGUUUAUAAGAACUUAAUUUAUUGACAAUUUUGAAAUAUCACUUUUUGCUCUUUGUA